AUGUCGCUCUUCGCACCUAGGCUUUUGACGACUGUCUCACUCCGUUACGCUGUCAGAACUGCCUUGAUUCAAGCUUCUCGAUACUCAAGCCUUGCAGUCUCGUGCCAUUCUGUGAUCAAGCCACGUUAUUUCAGUCAGCAUCGCACCAUGAUGACCGAUCCUAAGCAUUUCAUGUACACCAGCGGCGAGACAGAUCCUGUGUGGAUUCAUCAGGUGCCCUACAAGAGCAUUCCGAAGUUCUCAAAGCUCGACAGGGACCUUGAGACAGAUGUUUGCAUCGUUGGAUCCGGUAUCUCAGGUGUCUCGGUUGCAUACGAGCUUGUCACUCGAGGAUUGAACGUCGUCUUGAUCGAAGGCCGCGAGAUCCUCUCUGGAGAGACGGGCCGCACGAGUGGUCAUCUUGCCAACGAUCUGGACGAUGGGUACACUGCGAUUGCUAAGAAGCACGGCGACAAAGGUGCGAAGGCUGCCGCCGAGUCGCAUACCUGGGCGUUGAACCGUGUUGGCGAGAUCUCGAAGCAGCUCGGUAUCGAGUGCGAAUACCGCCAUCUUCCUGGUUAUGACUUCUCCCAGUACCCCAAGAGCGACAAGAGACACGCCGAGGACAUGAAAUCGGUAAUCGAAGAUGGUCGGAAAGCGAAGGAGUUGGGUAUUGCGACAGAGUACAAGGAGGGUUUCAAACUCAAGGGUUGGGAGGGUACCCCAGACCAGAGUGACGCAGUCAUCUAUCAAGGACAGGCCACCUUCCACCCAACUCAAUACGUGUUGGGCAUACUCAAGUUCCUCCAACAGCAGCCGAAUUUCUCCUGCUACACUAACACACGAUGCAUGGACGUCAAGGAGAAGGGCGUCGAGAUCUUGGGCAUGGGCCACAAAGAGGUUAUCGUCAGCACACUCGACGGUCACACUAUCAAGUGCGCCGACGCUGUCGAAGCGACCUGCGUCCCUCUCCAGAAGCUAUCCGUCAUCGCCGAGGAGGAGUACUACCGCACGUACUGCGUUGCAAUUCGCGUACCGAAGGGUUCAGUUGAGGACUGCCUCUUUUACGACUCAGCCGAGAUGUACAAAUACGUGCGUCUCACCGCGUGUGAUGAGGAGUUUGACUAUCUGGUCACGGGAGGUGGUGACCACAAGGUCGGUCAGGGCGACACGAUAGCACCUUUUAAGGAGCUUGAGGACUGGACACGAUCACGUUUCCCUCAAGCAACCACCGUCGACUACAAGUGGAGUGGACAAGUCUUCGAGCCUGUCGACUACAUGGCCUUCAUCGGCAAGAAUCAGGGCAUGAAGCACACCUACAUCAUCACUGGGGACAGUGGUAACGGUCUCACGCAUGGCGUUCUGGCAGGAAGACUGAUUGCUGACGAGAUUACGGGGCAACCAAAUCCGUGGGCUUCUCUCUACAACCCCAGCCGUUUCUCAUCUAUCGUCAAAUCCCUGCCUAGCAUGAUUAGCCACGACUUGCAGAUCAACUCACAGUACAAGCGCUUUCUGCAAUCCGACAUCAAGGACAUCGAGGACCUGGUACCUGGCGAGGGCGGUGUCCUCAACCCCACCGGCAAGAAGCCCCUGGCGGUCUACAAGGACGAUGGCGGACAAAUUCACAAAUUCAGCGCUCUGUGCCCUCACUUGAAGGGUGUUGUGUGCUGGAAUUCGGCGGAGAAGAGCUGGGACUGCCCCGUACAUGGCAGCAGGUUCAGCAAGGACGGCGUGCAGCUCAUCGGACCCUCGAAGGCUGGUCUUGAGCCGGCGAAUGAGAGUGGGGAGGCGUUGCAGAACGAGGCCAUCAAGGCCUAG